GUUCCCCCGGGUUGCUGAUGGAGCAAGAGAAAGGGGAAGGGAGGGAGGAGAGGGCGAAGAAGUCAGACGCAGGGUUUCGGCCCGAAACCGGCAAAUAAAGGGACCACUUGGUAACGAGAGGGAGAAGCGAGAGUAAAGCGACCAGACAUCAUGUGGACAGGGGGAGGAGAAAGAGCAGAGGGAGCGCGCGAAGGCUGAACGCCCAGGCAUUCGACCCCAGAUCUCGACAGGCGAGCCGGAGCAGAGAGUUCCGCGGGCGCUGGGGGUGAGGGACCGGUGUGUCCGAGGGCAGACCUGGGGUUUCGCGGGCCCCUGACUGCAGCCGUCAGCGAUGAGCGAGGCCAGCCGCGUCUGCUCUGGCUACUACAGCCUCAAUCACAGCUUCGUGGAGCCCUUCCAGUGCCCCCGGCCCGGGGAUGGGUCCGCGCUCGUCUUCUGCUGCGGCUUCGCAGACCUCAAGUACUGCUGCAGCGACCCGGGCAGCUACUUCCCCUACAAGCACAGCUACAUGUGGAGCCUGAGCAUUGGCGCUCUGAUUGGAUUGGGAAUUGCUGCCCUUGUUUUACUUGCCUUUGUCAUCAGCGUCUGCGUCCUUUGCUAUUUAUUUCUGUAUACAAAGCCUCAAAGAUUAGACACUGGCCUUAAACUUCAACACCUAGAAGCUUCUUCCAUCCAAGAAGGCAAGUCAAAUAGAAAAACCAAAGCCCUCAAUUCAAAUGCAGCAUCAAAUUCAACAAUCGAAACAUCCUAUGAAGCUGAUGAUAUAUUUCAAGAAAAAACAAUGGACACAACGCAAAUCAACAUUGCUUAUUAACUAAAAAUCUUAUGUUGUAAAAGGUGACUGGAGAGAUGGAGUAAUAAAAAUAAAGAACACAUUUCCAA